UAAUAUCAACCUGUUUCCUCCUCCUCCUUCUCCUCCUCCUCCGAGACCUCCUCCUCCUCCUCCUCUUUCUCCUGAGAAACUUCGCCCCAGCAGUGCGGAACGCCGCUGCGCAGCCGGGGAAGGACGCAGGCAGGCGGCGGGCAGCGGGAGGCGGCAGCCCCUUGCGGUCCCCGCGGCUCCUGGCGGAGCCCCGCGCCCGCCGCGCCAUGGCCCGGAGACCCCGGCACAGCAUAUACAGUAGUGACGAGGAUGAUGAAGACAUUGAGAUGUGUGACCAUGACUAUGAUGGGCUGCUUCCCAAGUCUGGAAAGCGUCACUUGGGGAAAACUAGGUGGACCAGGGAAGAGGAUGAAAAACUAAAGAAGUUGGUGGAACAGAAUGGAACAGAUGACUGGAAAGUUAUUGCCAAUUAUCUCCCGAAUCGAACAGAUGUGCAAUGCCAGCACCGAUGGCAGAAAGUACUAAACCCUGAGCUCAUCAAGGGUCCCUGGACCAAAGAAGAAGAUCAGAGAGUGAUAGAGCUUGUACAGAAAUACGGUCCGAAACGUUGGUCUGUUAUUGCCAAGCACUUAAAGGGGAGAAUUGGAAAACAAUGUAGGGAGAGGUGGCAUAACCACUUGAAUCCAGAAGUUAAGAAAACCUCCUGGACAGAAGAGGAAGACAGAAUUAUUUACCAGGCACACAAGAGACUGGGGAACAGAUGGGCAGAAAUCGCAAAGCUACUGCCUGGACGAACUGAUAAUGCAAUCAAGAACCACUGGAAUUCUACAAUGCGUCGGAAGGUCGAACAGGAAGGUUAUCUCCAGGAGGCUUCCAAAGCCAGCCAGCCAACUGUGGCCACAAGUUUCCAGAAGAACAGUCAUUUGAUGGGUUUUGCUCAUACUCCACCUUCCGCUCAACUCCCUCCAACUGGUCAGCCCUCAGUGAACAACGACUAUUCCUAUUACCACAUUUCUGAAGCACAAAAUGUCUCCAGUCACGUCCCGUAUCCCGUCGCGUUGCAUGUCAACAUAGUCAAUGUUCCGCAGCCGGCCGCUGCAGCCAUCCAGAGACACUAUAAUGAUGAAGACCCUGAGAAAGAAAAACGAAUAAAGGAAUUAGAGUUGCUCCUAAUGUCAACUGAGAACGAGCUCAAAGGACAGCAGGCGCUACCAACACAGAACCACACAUGCAGCUACCCCGGGUGGCACAGCACCACCAUUGCCGACCACACCAGACCUCAUGGAGACAGUGCACCUGUUUCCUGUUUGGAAGAGCACCACUCCACUCCAUCUCUGCCUGUGGAUCCUGGCUCCUUACCUGAAGAAAGCGCCUCUCCUGCAAGGUGCAUGAUCGUCCACCAGGGAGCCAUUCUGGAUAAUGUUAAGAACCUCUUAGAAUUUGCAGAAACACUUCAAUUUAUAGAUUCUUUCUUAAACACUUCCGGUAAUCAUGAAAACUUAGACCUGGAAAUGCCGUCUUUAACUUCCACCCCUCUCGGUGGUCACAAAUUGACUGUUACACCACUUCAUAGAGACCAGACUGUGAAAGCUCAAAAGGAAAAUACUAUUUUCAGAACACCAGCUAUCAAAAGGUCAAUCCUAGAAAGCUCUCCGAGAACCCCCACACCAUUUAAACACGCACUUGCAGCUCAAGAAAUGAAAUACGGUCCCCUGAAGAUGCUACCUCAGACACCAUCUCAUCUAGUAGAAGACCUACAGGAUGUGAUCAAACAGGAAUCUGAUGAAUCUGCAAUUGUUACUGAGUUUCAAGAAAAUGGACCACCUUUACUGAAGAAGAUCAAACAAGAGGUGGAAUCUCCAACUGAUAAAGCAGGAAACUUCUUCUGCUCCAACCACUGGGACGGGGAGAGUCUGAACACUCAGCUGUUCACACAGGCAUCGCCCGGGGCAGAUGUGUCGAAUAUUCUUACAAGUUCCGUUUUAAUGAUGCCAGUAUCAGAAGAUGAAGACAGUGUUCUCAAAGCAUUUACAGUACCAAAAACCAGGUCCCUGGCGAGUCCCUUGCAGCCCUGCAGCGGGUCCUGGGAAGCUGCGUCCUGUGGGAAGAUGGAAGAUCAGGUGACAGCCUCCGGUCCGGCUCGGAAAUACGGGAACGCCUUCUCAGCGCGGACUCUGGUCAUGUGACACGGUCCAGACAAGCAUUAUGGUUUUCAGAACACUUCACGUUGACUUAGGAUUAUUGUUCCUCUCCAUGAAACUUUUCAUGAGUGGGAGAAGAACCUAUUUUUGUUGUGGUACAACAGUUAAGAGCAGCACCUAGUGCAUUUUAGGUGGAUGAAAUCUCAUCGGAUUUCACCCAACUAAAAGGAUUUUUAAAAAAAAAUAAAUAACAGUCUUACCUAAAUUAUUAGGUAAUGAAUUGUAGCCAGUUGUUAAUAUCUUAGUGCAGAUGUUUUUUAAACAUAAAGUGAUUUAUUUGUAUUUUAGAAGAUCCAACAGACCAGUAUUUUUUCAUGAUGAGGUUUUUGAAUUUUUAUCCAGAAAUGGUACUCCAAUAUUUCACUUGUCUCAAUCACUAAACACAAUGCAUUACUAUAAAUGUUCGUUCAAUACCAUAGAAUAAUCAAGAUUGUAAGUGCUCAUUUAUGGUUAAUAACAUUGGAGGUACAUUUAUUGUACGAAACCAUCUUAUGAGUUUUUUGUUAGCUUGCUUUAAAAAUUAUUACUGUAUGAAAUAGUUUUAUAAAAAAUUAUAUUUUUAUUCAGUAAUUUAAUUUUGUAAAUGCCAAAUGAAAAAAUGUGUUUUGCUGCUAUGGUCUUAGCCUGUAGACAUGCUGCUAGUUUGAGAGGCAGUAGAGCUUUGAACAGAAAGAACACAAACUUGGUGUUAGGUAAUUGACUAUGCACUAGUAUUUCAAACUUUUUUAUUUUAUAUAUGUGUACUUUUUUUUUCCUCUUGUAAUACAUUGGAAAACUUAUUUGGGAGAUUUUUGCAUUUGUUUUUGUCAUUGUUUUUUGUUAUUGUUGUUACUGUGGGUUUAUAAGAGCAAGCAUUGCACUUCUUUUUUGGGAGAUCUAUGUUGUUCAUGUUCUAUGUUUUGAGUUCAGCCUGACUAUUCUUUAAUUCAGGUGUUACGUGUUUGAUCAGCAUUCUCCAUGGUUUUGAAGUCUCUGGUUUUGGAACUGCCUCAUAGAACCUGUAUUUGUAGCUGGAGUUGAAGGACUGGAGUUGGUAGACAGUUGUUGCCUUAACAUUUGGUACCAGAUCACUAGCACUGAACUUUUGAUAUGACCAUGUACUUACUGCCUUCUAGUGAAAUAAAGCUGUUCCCUUAUUUUA